CCAAAAAAAAAACUAAAGAAGAAGAAGAAUCCUUCCGGAGUGACUGCGGCUCAUCACGAUGAAUCCGCUCACCAAAGUGAAACUCAUCAAUGAACUGAAUGAAAAAGAGGCUGAACUAGAUGUCAAAGACAGUGUGUCCUGGCAUUCAGUCUAUAAGGAGAGCGCCUGGAUCUUUCUCGGUGGAAUUCCAUAUGAGCUGACAGAAGGAGACAUCAUCUGUGUAUUCUCUCAGUACGGAGAGAUUGCCAACGUCAAUUUGGUGCGAGAUAAAAAGACGGGCAAAUCCAAAGGAUUCUGCUUCCUGUGCUAUGAAGAUCAAAGAAGCACCAUUCUGGCUGUGGAUAACUUUAAUGGAAUAAAGAUUAAGGGCCGAACCAUACGUGUGGACCAUGUAGCAAAUUAUCGACCACCAAAGGACACCGAUGACAUUGAUGAUGUCACUAAACAUUUGCGAGAAGAGGGAUGUGCUCCCAAAGUCCCCCCACCAUCCUCCUCUGAGUCAGAAUCUGAGAAAGAGUAUGCUGUACCUGUGAAAAAGCCCAAAAAAGAUAAAAAGGAGAAGAAAAAAAAGAAAAAGGAGAAGAAAGAGAAGAAAAAGGCACUAAAGGAAGAGAAACGGGCACGGACUGAGACGUCAAUGUCUUCUCCUGUCAGAGUGAAGAAGGAGAAGGAGGACACGACAUAUGAGAAGUAUGCCACGAAAGGACCGGCAGGAAGCAGAAGGGAUAGAUCGGGACAAGACUUCAGGAAUCCACAAGACACAGCAGAUGAGGUGGACAGAUUCAGAGAUAGGGGAGUCUAAAAUGCCGUGGGAGAGAGACAGAUGGCUGGUGGUCUCUUUUGACAUGAAGGAGUGAAAUAGCAGACAGAUAAAGAAGAGCUGAGGGUGUCAGUUGUGCAUCAAACUUGAGAUCUCUUCACAGAACCACCCACAUUCAGGGAUAUCGAUGCGCUUCUUGCAGACAUCUUCAAAGUCAUCAGAGGUAUUUGAAAAGAGGCUGGGUUCCGUACUUGAACAGUGUAAGUGAAACGGUUACUGCAGCAGGUUUUGGGGGCAAGGUAGAAUGACGUGCCAUGUCCUUCCCACUCAUAAUGCCACUUUGUAAAAUUUAAGUCUCUUUCAAGACACUGGAGGUUUGGAGGAUAGUGACCUGAACUUGACACGGAGUCCUAGAAGGCUGCAGAUUCUAAAAGACUGAGUUUGUAUACAAGUAAGGCAUUGUGGGUUCAUUGACCGAAGAGGAGAGUGAGAUUGCUUAGAUCUUACUGGGUUUAAAAGAACUAGAGUAAACAAAGCUAGACUAAACAAUGUUGAAGAGACGUAACAGUAACAACAAAUAUCAACAAAACUAAAAUUGUUUAUAUUUUUACAAAAGUUUUUCUUAAUCUGAAAGAUAACCUCAAAUAUAAAGAAAGAAAAAGUACAAAGACAACAAAACCAAUUAAAUGCAGACACUUUAUCAACAAGAAAAUAACAUUGUGCGCAGGCUAAAUCUUUUACAUACAGUCACUGUUGACAAGUACACUAAAAAGCAAAGGAGAAACACCUAUAUAAAAUAAAUAGUUCACUCAAAAAUAAAAAUUCUAUCAUCAUUCCCUCACCCUUGUGUUAUCGACACCUGUAAAGGAGUCAUCUAGCAAAAUGUGUGAGCUGUUCUUUUUCAUACAAUUAAAGAUUUUCA